CCCUGCGCCGCGGCCCGUGUUUCCGGGGGAGCCUGCGGCGGGUGCGCGCGCGCGCUCGGGGGAGGCCGCAGGGAGCAGCAGCAGCAGCUGGGCCAUGGCCGCGCGCUGGGCGACCCGCUGCCUGCGGAGCCAGCACGCCCGGUUUAUUUCAACAGCUCCUGCUUCUCAACUGUCAAGAGCUGAGAUUGUUCAGAUGCGUAAUGAACUCUUCACUAAGGAGAAAGAGAGACAGUUGUCUCUCUAUCCACGAAUUGAGAAGAUUGAAGUAAAAUAUGUUGGCAAAUCUCAUCCUGGCACUUCAUUUGUUAUGAACAAAGCUUUGUCUACUCCAUACAAUUGUGCCAUGCACUUAAGUGAAUGGCAUUGUAAGAAAUCAGUAUUGGCACUUGUGGAUGGAGAGCUUUGGGACAUGUAUCGGCCUUUGACCAAAUCAUGUGAAAUUCAGUUUCUUACUUUCAAAGACGAAAAUCCAGAGGAAGUGAACAAGGCCUAUUGGCGUUCCUGUGCCAUGAUCAUGGCAUGUGUGUUAAAGCAGGCAUUCAAAGAUGAAUACUCAGUCAGUCUGAUCAGAGCUCCAGAAGUGCCAGUGAUCUCUGGAGCUUUCUGUUAUGAUGUUGUUUUGGACAGCAGGCUUGAUGACUGGAAACCAACAGAAGACAACUUCCGUUCUCUUACAAAAGAAGCAUACAAUCUAAUUCACAAAGAUCUGCCAUUUGAAACAUUGCACGUUGACGCAAAAGUGGCAUUAGAAAUGUUUCAGCAUAACAGGUACAAAAUGGAUUCAAUAGAACAGAAAGCAUCGCAAAAUCCUGAAGGUAUAGUAAAGUUACAUAGGUUUGGUGACUUUGUAGAUAUUAGUGAAGGCCUUCACAUUCCGAGGACAAGUUUUUGCUUCCAGUAUGAAGUGACAGCAGCCCAUAAUCUCCAAACCAGCCAGUCUGAGUCUAUACGAAGGUUUCAGGGUGUGUCUCUGCCAGUUCACUUAAAGGCGCAUCACACAGUAUGGCGAAGAUUGCUGGAAAGGUCUCGGAGACUGGUUAUUGAAGAGGGCAGUCUGGAAGCAAAAGAUGGAAGUCUGGAAGCAAAAACUGUAUCAACAUAAUUCUUUAAUUUUCAUGUGUAAAUUAAUAAAAUAAAAAUGUUUUGAACA